GUCUCCUCAGAUCGGAGCAGCCAGGUUCACCUGCAGUCCGGAGCUGCACCUGACGCAGACACUCACCUGUGAGCUUCACCGAGGAUUUACCUGCUGAUCCAACAUGUCCCACUAGUCUCCAGCUGAACCUGCACCAGUCGACCCAAACCGAGCGACCACCAUGAAGAAAGGAGCGCUGCACUUUCGGGGUCGGAAGAACCGGUCUCUCUUCGACACCAAUAUCCAGAUCAAGGACAUGGACAAUGUGGAGUUGGUGCUGGACUCACCAGCGAUCCUUGAGUCAGGGACUGCCAGUGUGCGGGCCAGACCCACAGUCAAUCAUCAUACCUCAUCUGAAACUUUUCAAGGGUUUGCUGUCCCAACACCCAAAGUCCCUCUCCUUCCCCCUGUCAACGGUCUAAAGGCCAAUGGCUCAGGGUGGGAAGAUAGGCUGUCCAAUGGAUCUGUUAUAUCUGUGCCUGACCUCGUGGAGGGGGAAAUAAUUGUCCCUCCUCCCCCCUCUAUUGCACCACCACCUCCUCCAGGGACCUUUAUCCCUCCUCCCCUGGACUUCAUGGGUGACCUUAACAGUCUGGACUUCUACGCACAAAACCCCACUUCAAUGGCACCUUAUAUGGAGGAGGAUCUAGUCCUUUUAAAACCACCACCGAUGGCUCCACCAAAGCCUCCAUCUACUGGCUCUUCUGGCUCUUCAUCCAUUCUUAGUUCACCACCCGCCAAGUUUCCUGAGCAACCAAAAUUUGCCCCUGCACAGCCCCCUACUGAAAAGCAACACAAGCCUUCUAAGGCACCACCUCAAAAGCCCAUUAGACUGUCCUCCAUGUCCAACCUCGAGCUCCCGCCACAGACUCCUGCCCCUCCUCCCCCUGAGCAGACACCCACACGCUCGUCCUUUAAUCCCCAAAACACAGCAAAGCUUUUCACUCUUCCUCAACACUCAAUUCUCAGCGGGUAUAACAGUCCUGACCAGAUACCCAAGCAGAUGUUGCUCCUGGAAGAUUCUGAGUCUAUUAGGUCGGCCCCAGUGCGUGCCCAGGUGGACGGGAAAGUCUCUACACCAACAAAACCGGUUUCCAGAGAUCCAGAGGCGUUCAAGGAGAACUUGCAAACUACGCAGCCCUCUCCACCUUCCCUUCCUGCAUCAAACCAGGAGGCUACAAAAGCGACCGUCUUGGCACAGCCAGUAGUAACCAAACCUCUACCGAGUCCCCCUCGGAUGUCACCACAGCUCCUGAAAGUGAACAGUUCAGAGACUAGUAGGGACACACUGGUAGCAUCAAACCAGGAGGAUACAAAAGCGACAGUUUUGGCACAGCCAGUAGUAACCAAACCUCUCCGGACUCCCCCUCGGAUGUCACCACAGCUCCUGAAAGUGAACAGUUCAGAGACUAGAAGGGACACACUGGUCGAAUCUCCAAGUCGAGGUCGUAAAUUUAGUCCCUUGUUAGAUCGUAAACUGCGCAAUCUGAAGAAUAGCGAAACCCAUGGGGCCCGAGAGGGACCUGCGGCGUCCCCCCUGGCUCUCUUAAUGGCAGCCAAAGAAAGAGAGAAACACAGACCAACCCAUUCUCUGUCACGGGAGAACAGUGGCAAGAAGAACGAGCAACCAAGCACAAGCAUUUACCAAAGCGACUCAAGUCCCAAUUCCUUUGUUGUCAUCCCAAGGUCAAGCUCAUCCUCUUCUCUUUCAUCUCAAGAAAGAAUAGAGGACAGUCUAGAGUCUGCAACUAAACUUCCUGAAAAGUCAAGCAGCCCUGCAAUUGUCAGGGAUCUGAUGCAAUCUACCAGUCCAGCUCUAAAUAGGAUCACAGCAGCUGCAACCGCACGAGCAUCGGACCUGGAUCGUCAGAAACACAACAGAGAGCAAACACUCCCAAAGACUCAAUCUGCACCACCUGUGGCUAGCCAAGCCCCAGUGGUGGAGUUAAGUUUGCCACUACUCCCUCCUCCUCCAGGGUUUGAUGAUUUUGAUGAAGAGUUAAUGGCACCCCCUCCUUCCAUCCCUCCACCUGAGCCUCCUAGGAUAAAGCCACCAGCACCACCCAUGAGCCUCCCUCCUCCAGCUCCAGCUCUACCCCCUUCUCCAAAACCUGCACCCCCAGCAGCUCCAAAACUCCCAACUCCUAACAUUGAUGUCAAACCAAAGCCCCACAUGAUCCCUACUCUGCCACCAUCCAGUCUUUCUCCCAGUCAGGCCACACUUCUGAGCAUCUUACAAAAGAAGAUGUUGGAAAUGGACCACAAAAUGGCCCCUGCGACAACGGCAGAAUCCGGUUCUGAUGACUGGGGAACCCCCGUGUCUGAUGAGCACAAUAAAAUCCCUGUUCCCAAAGCCACUUCGCAGAGCAGGAGUAACACUGUAGUCAACAAAACAGCGACAUUAGACAUGAGGGAAUUAGAGAGUAAAGUGGCCAAAAAGUAUCAGGAGACGUCCUCGCUGAAAGUUCCCAGCAGUAAUGGACGAUCAAAACAUCAGUAUGGAAUGACCUUUACAGUUCGGCCUGGAACCAAACAGCCUAUCACCCCCCAUUAUUAAAUAGGAAUCCUCAACAUAUGUUGAAAUCACACGCAUUCGUGCAAUGUCCAUUGCACAUGAAUAUAUCAUGGGAUUUUGCAUUAGCAGGAGUUUGUACAAUGGGGAACAAGCACUUUGAACAAAUGAAUGACAUGAAUGUGUUCGGUAAAUAUGUUCAGAAUGUCUCAUAAUAGUUAUGAGGAUGCUCAGUUAUAAAAGAUGUUAUAUAUAAGUAUUGCUCAAUUUCAAAUUGCGCGGUGUCACUGUCUCAAUGCCUUAUGGGUAAUAUUCAUAGUAUGAGCUAAAUCUGUUAAUAAAAUGCUUAACGCUUAAGUUAUUCACAGCUGUAAACCUUAAUCUACAUUAAACAGUAAUUUCAGUUUAUUCAUAGGUCUGUGAUUCAUGAUUGUGGAAUACCAUAAUAAUGUAAAACGUAAUGAGUGUGGCUUGUGCUGUAAUUGCAUUUCCUAUAUGUGCAAUGUUCUUCCACUGUUACAUGUAAAUUACAUAGAUCCACUGGAGUAAAGUUGUCAGUUAGUGUCGGAGCAGGCUGACCUCUCCGUAGGAUUGUUUCUCAUUCAGUUAAUGUUCCAACAUUUUGUUUAAAUGUUAUUUGCUGCGGUUAAAUGUCUGUCUGUGUUGCGAAAUUUUUGUAGUUAUUCAUGUACAUAUGUUUGUAUAAGAUUAACAUAAAAGUUGGAUAUUGUGAAACGCUCAAUAAACAGGGAGGUUCAAAACCUAUGGACCCCACUGUGCAUGUAAAGGUUAUGUAAUCAAAAUAUUUAAAAUGUAUUGGUUAUGAAGUAAAUCAGUUGUUCAUCUACAUGAAAUGUUGCCAAACAAUUCCUUAAUUUGAAAUUAAUUCAAGCAGUAAUUGCCAGUCUUAAUAAACGUCCUUGAGUUUGUGGUGCACAAUGUAAA